AUGUCUGCUGCAAAGUGCAAGUAUGGAGAUGUGGAAAGUGUUGAGCUAGUGGACUGUAAAUAUAAUGAACAAUUGGGAACCCUUUCGUGUCCGCAGCCUACAAAGAGGUUGACAAGAAGAACGAGUGAUCAGAAGGCGAGUCGAUUGGAAAUGGAUGUACACUUUAUGAGAGAUGAUGGAGUAUCUAAAAAGAAAACAUUUGUAGUCGAGUACAAUGAUAGUGAUGAGAGUGAUGAACCGUUGAUGGGAAAGGAAAAACAACCUGGAACCCCGACAGUACACACUGAACAAAAAGUUGGUCGCAAGAGAGAAUGGGCUCGCUUUGUUAAGAAAGCGCUUGCUCUCACGCUAGCUGAUCUUAUUGGAGAGCUGAUUGGAACGUUUCUAUUGACUCUCGUAAGUUGUAGUAUUGUAGCGUCAGCAGUUGUGACUGGAGCUCAGAGUGGAUUGUGGCAGGUUGCAAUAGUGGUUGGCGUUGGUGUCACCUUGAGCAUUUACUGUACAUCGCACUUCUCUGAUGCUCACUUGAAUCCAGCCGUUACUUUGGCAUUCUCAAUCGUUCGUUGGAAAAUCUUCUCGUGGAAGAAAGUCAUCCCAUACAUUUUGGCUCAGAUACUCGGCAGUUUUUGCGCUGGAGGAGUCGUCUAUGGAUUAUACCAGCAUGCAAUUGAACAGUAUGAAACGGAGCACGACAUAAUUAGAGGAACCAAUGCUAGUGUCAUCACUGCAAUGGUGUUUGGUGAAUACUUCCCCAAUCCUGAUCUCUUCGAUCACACCCAAGAAAAAAAUCUAGCUGUUGUAUCGAUUGUACAGGCUCUGAUUGUUGAGGCAUGGACAGCCUGCAUCCUAGUGUUUAUUAUCUUCUGUUUCACAGACAAAAACAACACAGCUGUAGGGAGUGGAAGCGACAAAGUGGCUGUGCCUGUACUCAUCGGAGUUACUGUGGCAAUUCUAAUCAGUUUGUACGGCUCUUUGACACAAGUGGGAAUGAACCCAGCACGAGAUUUUGGCCCGAGGAUUUUUGCUGCGAUUGCUGGAUGGGGUAGGAUAGCCAUACCAGGUCCAAGGCAAGGAUUCUGGGUAUACAUUGUGGGGCCACUGUUUGGAGGAGUUGUUGGGGGUGGUUUCUAUGACAUCAUUGUUUCCAAUGUCCUGAGGCUAGCUAAAGCUGCCAAGCACAAGUCCAUGGUCACAACUUCAUGCAAGCUAGAAGACUGAACAACAUGAUUUUAUUAUGCUAAUUUCAAUUAUAAAUUACAUUUUGUAUCUUCUCAAUAUUUAUUGUGUUGAAUUUUGAA